AUGCCAAUGAACCAACAGAGUGGCUCGUGGACACCGGCCCUGUCCAUCGGCACCCCGCCGGGACUGGUCGCCGGGUGCCGGUCACACAACCCCACUUUGAACCGGCCGGACACCGGGAGCAGCACGGCCAUCUGGAACGGCAUUCAAGCAGCACCUCAUGCUUGUAACAAGAACCAUCUCGCCUGGUUCGCUAAUAUUUAUCACAGCUGUGUCUCUUGUCAAACUUGCAGUCGGUAG